AUGGCCAUUUCAACAGACGUCCUCAUCAUCGGUGGUGGGCCAGCAGGCCUGAGCGCGGCUCUCGCGCUGGCUCGUCAACAGCAGAGUUCAAUCAUUUUCGAUGCAGGGACCUACCGAAACGACCCUGCAGCGUACAUGCAUUUGAUCCCUGGGUUUGAUCAUAUCAAGCCAUCGGAAUACCGAGACAAAGCCAAAGAUAACAUUCUCUCGAGCUAUGACCAUGUCCAAUUCCAGAACACAACUGUGUCCAGCGUCCAAAAGGACGAGGCGACGGGAGGCUUUUCCUUGACCGACGAAGCCGGACAGACAUGGAAGGGCAAGAAGGUCAUUCUUUGCAACGGUGUUGAGGACAUCUACCCCAACAUCGAUGGUUAUGCCGAGUGCUGGGGAAAGGGAAUAUUCCACUGUCUCUUCUGUAAAGGUUACGAAGAGCGAGGUUGCCCUUCAGCCGGCGUUCUCGCAAUCGGCGGAGUUUCCAAACCACCUUUGGCUCUGCACGUCGCCCGACAGGUCUCCACACUGAGUCAGACAGUCACAAUCUACACAAAUGGCUCUGAGGACCUUGCCAAGCAAGUGAGUGAUGGAUUUGGAACGUCGAAAGUGAUGAAGGUGGACUCCCGCAAAAUCAAGAGCUUUUCCAAACAGGCCGAGAAGGCGAACGUACUCAUCGAGUUUGAGGACGGAAGCACUGCAACGGAGGGAUUCCUCGCACACACUCCCGAGACAAAAUCUCGUGGUCCCUUCGUGGAGCAGCUCGGCCUGGAACAGACUCCAAGUGGCGAUAUCAAAGCAAGUCCUCCUUUCAAUCAAACUAUCGUCAAGGGUGUGUUUGCGGGUGGUGAUAGCUGUGGAAUGAUGAAAAACGUUCCAAACGCUAUUUUCUCAGGCUCUUUGGCUGGAAUGGGUGUCUCGACUCAGCUCGCGGCGGAAGAUCAAGGACAGCAGUCGCUGUUUGGUUAA